GCUCUAAUCUGCCGCCACUGAGCAGCAGUUUGAAGGAAGAGCCGCACGAGGUCGCCAUAGCCUCGCUGAAACGGGGGAGACCGCAGACCUCUACUCCCCUCGUCCUCUCACCUCUGGUUUGUUUAAACACCGCUACACGUCCGUGUGACAGGUACUGUGGAAUGGGAAGGUGUUUCGGUAUGUUCGAUAGGCUACACGGAAGUGCGAUUACAGCGUGUGUCGCUGAGCUUAAAUGACAGGAGGCUUGGUGGGUCUGUUGUCAGCCUCUGAUCACAACUGUUCUCCUCAACAUGGCACCUAAAGACCCUUUACUCGGCACUCUCAAAGUGUGUGUCCUCAACCUGCAGUCGUGUGGAGAGAUGGUGACAGACACCAACCCUCAUCUCGCCUCCUGCUGUGAGCUUCUGGAGCUGGUCCUCAGGAAGGGACUCCAACAGCCAGUUAUCAGUCUGGUACACAGAGACUACUGGCAGUGUUUUGAACAGCUUACGCACCAAGAUACCUGUGGCAGGCUGUCUGCUCUGUCCUUGGCGGUGGAACAGACAAGAGUUUGCAGGAAACUGCUCUCAGCUCAGGGCCGAGGCCGCUACCUGCUCAGACUGGCCCUCAGCCGCAAAGCUCUGCCACAGUUCAUCACACACCUGCUGCACACACCCAGAGUCCUGGAGUGGUACAACCCUGCAAUGUCAAUCCUCAGGAAUGAGGAAUUUGUGGAGCCUUUUAUGUCGCUGCUGCUGGUCCUCUCUCACAUGGAGUUUAAACUUAACAUGGAGAAUUGCAGUUUUCUGGAUGAGAGCUGGCUCCUACCGGUAUGCGAGACAUAUGAAGUAGUGCCCUGUCGAGAGCUUGGGAUGGUGUUAAGGUAUCUCAGUGGACGCGUCUUUGUCCUCAACCUGAUGCCUGGUAGUCAAGCUCACGUUGACAAAUUUAUCUGUCCCGGCGAUAUUAUUGACGAAAUCAACGGGACCUCGCUGAGGAAUUCCAAGAAUGGACAGGCAGGUGUGGUCCUGUCUCGGCUGAAAGGCUGCCCCCUGUCCAUCGUUGUCCUGCGAUGGAGGGCUCAGGAUGGAACAGUGUAUCGGCCCCUCAUCAAACUCCUGCGGGCCCUGAGGAUGGAGAACCCCACCCUGCAGUUGGGUUCUACUUCAUCCCAGCAGUCUGCCACCAAGGACCAGAUAAGCUCUCCAUCACAGUGCCUCAAAGAGGGAAGGAUUGUUUACAUAGUGCAGUUCUUGGGAAGAACAAAUAUUGGAAUGUUUGGAGGCAAGGAGGUGCUGCAAGAUGCCAUUCCACAAGUGUUGCAAAAAAACCUGCCCAGCAAGGAGGUGCUUUUGGAUUUGAAGGAAACACAUUUGACAUGCACAGACAGAAGCACUAAACUGGAGCUGUUUGAGCAUCACUAUCCAGAGAUAUCAUGUGUAGGGAGAUUUGGUCAACCAGACUACAAAAUAUUUGCAUUCUGUGUGGCAGACUCCCCAGAAACCCCCCAGUCGACAGGCUUCUGUUGUGUGGCACUCAGAGCCAGCACAGUCAAGGAGUGUGAAGAGAUUGUCUGUCGUAUUGCUACUGGUUUCAAACACACAGAGUGGUUUGUAUGAUGUUUCAGUGGUCAACUAAUUGAAUGCCUUGUAAAUAAAUGUAAACGUGUCAGAUCACA